GGGGGGUCAGGCCAUGUGACAUGAACAAACUGCUCUGACAAGUAGGCUGCUGUGUCUUCAUCUGUCUGUUGUAAGAGAUAGAGAAGCAGAAAUGGAGAGAUCAUAAAUUAGUUGUUAUAUGUUUUUUACUUCACAUUAAUGGAGUCCCAACAGCAGAUAUACAAACGGCCGGACGUUCCUGAUUACGUGCAUUACAUCAUCGCCUUCAUCAUCCUCAUCAUCGGCACUUUGGGGGUCACGGGCAACACGCUGGUUAUGUUCGCCUUCUACAGUAAUAAAAAGUUGCGGAGCCUGCCAAAUUAUUUUAUAAUGAACCUGGCGCUCAGUGAUUUCCUGAUGGCUAUAACACAAUCUCCAGUGUUCUUCAUCAACAGCCUUUAUAAGGAGUGGAUAUUUGGAGAAUUGGGAUGUAAAAUAUAUGCAUUUUGUGGUGCUCUGUUUGGUAUCACCUCCAUGAUAAACCUGUUGGCCAUCUCUAUUGAUCGCUAUCUGGUCAUCACCAAACCACUGCAAACAAUCCAGAGGAACUCCAAACGCAGAAUCUCGCUGGCCAUCAUUUCUAUCUGGCUCUACUCGCUGGCCUGGAGUCUCGCACCUCUGAUUGGCUGGAGUUCCUACAUUCCUGAAGGUCUGAUGACAUCAUGCACAUGGAAUUAUGUGUCUCCCUCUCCAGCCAACAGAAGUUACACUAUGAUGCUGUGCUGUUUCGUCUUCUUCAUACCCUUGGCCAUUAUCCUCUAUUGUUACCUGUUCAUGUUUCUCUCCGUCCGAAAAGUCGGCAGGGAUCUGGAAAGGUUGUCUCAGAAGUCUGGCUUUGGGAAGCAACAAUCCAUGAGGAGUGAGUGGAAACUGGCUAAAAUAGCCGCUGUGGUGAUAGUGGUGUAUGUUCUGUCCUGGGCGCCAUACGCGUGCGUCACCCUCGUAGCCUGGGCGGGGUAUGCAAACCUCCUCACGCCGUACUCUAAAACUCUGCCAGCGAUUAUCGCCAAAGCAUCCACCAUCUACAACCCUUUCAUAUAUGCUAUAGUUCACAACAAAUACCGAGCUACGUUAGCUGAGAAGGUUCCAGGUUUAUCCUGUCUGUCUCGUGUUCAGAAGAACGGCGGUCUCGCCUCCUCCACUAACAGUGACACUUUAGACAGCAACUUUAGCAGACAGCCCUCCGUCUACACCAACAAACUCCACACCACCACCGACAACUCCUGUACUAUGGUAUUGUACAACAGACCAAGGGUGCACGUUCAAUCCCAAAUAGCAAUGCACUCCAGGAUGGAUCUGCAUCAGAGUCUGUUGCAAUCUGGGAAGUUGCCCACAUGUCCCUUAAUAAACAGUUAACUUAACUCAAACCAUUUAAGUAAACCGAUUGCAUUAGGCCAUUUAAGUUUUAAAACACAUAAAUUUAAGUACUGUAAACUUGAGUCAUGUGCAAUUAUGCACUUAUAUUUAAGUAGAGUGAACUUAAAUAUAAGUG